CCUGUAGUAGAUUCUGUAAUUUAGCGUGUCGCAUCAAGAGUCCUGAAGCGGCGGAAGAGGCAUGAUUUUCCAAGCGCAGUCUUCUCUUUAACCGCGCAUAGACAGACACACGCACGACUAGCGAACACACGACUAGAUUGAAACGUUUUUCCUCGUUUUCAAACGCAUUUUGUUCAUUUUCUGCUAUAUAAACUUCUCUGUUAGCUUUAGCCAGGUAGCUUGCAUCUGGAAAUUGGACAAGUAUGAUCAGCCUGGCGGUGGAUUAAUCGGCCUAUUGUAACAGAAGAUUCAUUUUUCUCAUGUGAAACCGCGAUGUCACACAGUGUAGUAAAGAUUGAUUGUUGUUUGUGUUGUUCCAAAGGCGCUGUCUGAAGUUUAUGUAACGUUACGUUAGGUUUGUAAAGCUGAACAAAACCCAGGAAAACUGGAGAUCACAGCCAGGAAAUAUCUUCAGGAGAGCAGACUAAAGCCCUUUCUGCCUUCAGACUCAUCAGUUUAGAGCAAACAAAGAGGAUAUCCGUCCAAAGCCUUUUCAUUCCAUCUGCAGAAAGAGAAUAAAGCAAAAAAAAAAAAAAAAACAGGCUGAUAUGAUGUUUCCACAAGCCAGGCACUCGGCUUCGUCUCAAUCGACACAGUCACUCAAAUUCACCACGUCAGACUCUUGUGAUCGCAUCAAAGAUGAAUUUCAGUUCCUGCAGGCCCAGUAUCACAGUCUGAAGUUGGAAUGUGAUAAACUGGCGAGUGAGAAAUCUGAAAUGCAGCGUCAUUACAUAAUGUAUUAUGAGAUGUCAUACGGACUCAACAUUGAAAUGCACAAGCAGGCAGAGAUUGUGAAGAGAUUGAAUGGAAUCUGUGCUCAGGUGUUGCCUUACCUGUCUCAAGAGCACCAGCAGCAGGUCCUGGGAGCGAUUGAGCGAGCCAAACAGGUCACCCCUCCUGAGAUGAACUCAAUUAUUCGGCAGCAGCUUCAGGUUCACCAGCUCUCUCAGCUUCAGGGUUUGGCGUUACCCAUGACCCAUCUGCCCCUGGGCCUGACUCAGCACUCCCUGCCCGCCGUCACCUCCAACUCCGGCCUCCUGUCACUGUCCAGCAUCCUCGCAUCACACGCGCACCUGGCCAAGGAGGACAAGAGCUUCCGCGACGGGGCCGACGGCCACCGCGACGAGGACGCGGACAAAUCCGACUAGCCUUCAUUGAGACAGUUUGAUUCUGUCAUGACGGGGUGCAGAAAGAGAGGAGGAGGGAUUGUCUCCGAGGAUUGGGUCUGAUUCACUCUCUCUCUCUCUCUCUGUCUGUUCACUCUGCAAAUCUUUAUUCGGUAAUUUUGUUUGACUUAAUUUUUGUUUUUUAAUUAGUGAUGUUUGCUAAGGCUCUAGAACUAUUGCUCAUACUUGGGGUUAGUGAUUUGAACAAACCCCUAACCCUGAGUAUUAAACAUCAGCAUGUCACAUACCUCAAAUUGUGUGUCUUGUUGAGGAGAGCGGUAUUAUUACUGUAAGUUUGACUUCUGAUUUUUCUUGGCAGUCAAUAAAAUGGAUGGAAAAA